AUGGCUCCCCAAAAUGACGGAGACAACCUGCCACAGAUCGCCUUCUUCUACGGCAGCAACCAAGGAACGUGCAGGACGUUCGCCGAGUCCAUCCAGAGCUCCGCUCCUGCACACGGCUUCCACGUCAGUACCAUAGGCUCCCUCGACUCCGCGACAGAAAAUCUGCCCACCGACAAACCUGUCGUGAUCAUAGCUCCUAGCUACGAAGGCCAACCGCCAGACAACAGCAAAAAGUUUUUCGCUUGGCUUGAAGCGAACCGUGAGGUCAAGAACAAGUUCAAAGGCGUCCAGUACUGCAUUAUGGGUGUUGGGAACUCAGACUGGGUGACGACGUUCCACCGGAUUCCAAAGUUGAUCGAUAGUAUCCUGAGCGGUGCGGGUGCUUCUCGUGUGUUUCCCGCAGUACUGGGUAAUGUUGCUUCCGACAUCAUGGGUGCUUUCGACGAGUUCAGCGACGCGUUGUGGGAGAAGUUACCAUCUGGUGGUGAAGACACAACAGCCUCAACUGAAGGGCUAAAGGUCGAGACGACCGUCGAACGGCCAGAGGUGCUCGGCGAGAAGGACAUGGGUCUCGGCAAAGUGCAUCAGCACGUCCAGCUUGCAGACACGGCGGUGGGUCCAAAUAAAAGGCUGAUGGAAGUCCAAUUGUCCGAGGAGACCACCUACAGAGCUGGCGACUACCUCGUGGUCCUGCCGACUAACCAUCCGGAUGACGUCCAUCGUGUCCUCGGACACUUCGGCCUACCCGCAGACGCUCUCGUCAAGUUGUCAGGAACCACAAAGUCGUUCCUACCUCGCGAUCGGCCAGAGUAUGCGUACAGCUUGUGUUCGCAGUACAUCGAGAUCGGAACGCUCAUCUCUCGCCGCCAAGUGCAGGCGCUGGCCGCAGCUACGGAUGAUGGGGGACAGAAGGCCGAGCUGCAGCGUCUCGCAGAUGGCGAUGCUUACGAAAAAGAGCUCUUGAGCAAGAGAGCAUCGGUGAUCGAUGUGCUUCGCAAGUUCCCAACCUGCAAGCUGAGUUUCGGUGCUUACCUCGACAUGCUUCAGCCGAUGAAGACGAGACAGUACUCCAUCGCCUCCUCGCCGCUGGCGAGUGCCCCGGGUGCUGCGACGAUCGUCUACGAUGUCCUGGACAGUCCGUCUCUGUUCGACAAAGAGCAUCGCUUCCAUGGCGUUGCUUCUUCUUACCUGAGUCGCCUUGCUGUGGGAGCAGCGGUGCACUGCCAUGUCAAGUCGACCGCAUCGAACUUCCACUUGCCGACGAGCUCGGAGACGCCGGUUGUGAUGAUCUGCGCUGGUACUGGGUUGGCACCAAUGCGCGGCUUCAUCCAAGAGCGCGCCGCCAUCGCCUCAGCCCAACCCAACGCCACCUUCGGCAAAGCCAUCCUUUACUUCGGCUGCCGCGAACCAGAAUGCGACUACAUCUGCCGCACCGAGCUCGAAGAAUGGGAAAAGCAAGGCGUAGUCGAGUUGCGUCCUACCUUCUCGCGAUCUUCCACCCCACAAACGCAUCGUUACGUGCCCGACCGGCUGUGGGAGGAUCGAGAAGAGUUGACAGAGCUCUUCAGGGCUGGAGCAAAGUUCUUCAUGUGUGGGAGUGCGAGCAAGUUGGCUAAGAGCACGAAUGAGGUGCUGGAGCGCAUUGUGAGGGAGGCGAAGGGGUGUGGGGUUGGGGAUGCGAGGGAGUGGUUGCAGAGGCAGAAGGUGGAUCGGUAUGUUACUGAUGUCUUUGGGUGA